CCCACUACACACUUUAAAUCAUUUCAGCACUGGGGAUUUCAGAUUUCCAUGUCUUGUCAUGUCGCUUUGCGUUAUUUCCCCGAGGUUUCAUCUGAUGUUCUGCAUGAACUGUCGGGAUUUCUGUCAUUAUACACAGCUUGAAGACCCCCGUCAGACACUGUGAAGCCACGGGCUGUCGUGAUGUCGGAGCCCAAAGCGCCCACCCCGGCCCCUGGGGACACCUAUAAAGGCUGGCUCUUCAAAUGGACUAAUUACAUAAAGGGAUACCAAAGGCGCUGGUUCGUCCUGAGCAAUGGCUUGCUGUCUUACUACAGGACCCAGGCGGAGAUGGGUCACACAUGUCGGGGCACCAUAAACCUGGCCACGGCCAAUAUCGCGGUGGAGGACUCCUGCAACUUCGUCAUCUCUAAUGGCGGCACGCAGACGUAUCACCUGAAGGCCAGCUCGGAGGUGGAGCGGCAGCGGUGGAUCACAGCACUGGAGCUGGCCAAAGCCAAAGCUUUCCGCAUGCAGGCUGAAUCGGAUGACUCCGGGGAUGAUUCCACUCCUCCUGCAGCAGGUCAGGGUGCAGGCUCACGCAACUCAGAGGUGCAGUCCACCCUCCGGACGCUGGGCAGCAAGGUGGAGGAUCUCAGCACCUGCAACGACCUCAUCGCCAAACACGGCUCUGCUCUGCAGCGGUCCUUGUCUGAGCUGGAGGGAGUUCGGCUAGGAGGAGAGACGAGUGAAAAGAUUCGACAGGUGACGGAGCGAGCCACUCUCUUCCGCAUUACCUCCAAUGCCAUGAUCAACGCCUGCCGGGACUUCUUGGCGUUGGCUCAGACUCACAGUAAGCGCUGGCAGAAAGCCCUGCAGGCCGAGAGAGAGCAGAGAGUGCGACUGGAGGAGACACUGGAGCAGCUCGCCAAACAACACAACCAUCUGGAGAGAGCCUUCAGAGGAGCAACCGUACUGCCUGCAUCCCAGAGCAACCCUGCAAUAGAUAGCAAAGGCCCAGUUUCAGGAAAGGGUGACGCCAGUGACGAGGAUGAGGAGAAUGAAUUCUUCGACGCAUGCGAGGACGUUCAAGAGUUUAUCACCGUACCAGCAGACCCCAAAUAUCACAGGAGAUCCGGCAGCAAUGUCAGCGGAAUCAGUAGCGAACUGGGAAUGGACGACGGGACGACGUCGCUAGAUGAGCAGUCUCUGGCAUCCAAUCCCGAAUCUCCACAGUCCCAGGAACUAGUGCCUGUGAGAAAGAGGCGGACCCGAAUCCCAGAUAAACCAAAUUACUCUCUCAAUCUAUGGAGCAUCAUGAAGAACUGUAUCGGAAAAGAGCUCUCCAAAAUCCCUAUGCCUGUGAACUUCAACGAGCCCCUGUCCAUGCUGCAGCGUCUCUCCGAGGAUCUGGAGUACUACGAGCUGCUGGACCGGGCCGCCAAGUGCCAGAGCUCUCUGGAGCAGAUGUGCUACGUGGCAGCUUUCACCGUGUCCUCUUACUCCACUACAGUUCACCGCACGGGCAAACCCUUCAACCCUCUGCUGGGAGAGACAUUUGAGCUGGACCGCGUGCAGGAGAGCGGCUACAGGUCCCUCUGCGAGCAGGUAAGCCAUCACCCUCCGGCUGCGGCUCAUCACGCGAUCUCCGAGCGAGGCUGGACGCUGAGACAGGAGAUUGCCUUGGCCAGCAAGUUCAGGGGAAAAUAUCUCUCCAUCAUGCCCCUGGGUUCUAUUCAUUGUAUUUUUGAGAAGAGUACCAAUCACUACACCUGGAAGAAAGUCACAACCACAGUGCACAAUAUCAUUGUCGGGAAACUCUGGAUAGAUCAGUCAGGAGAAAUAGAUGUUGUGAACCACAAAACAGGCGACCGCUGUCAUCUCAAAUUCGCACCGUACAGCUACUUCUCCAGAGAUGUGGCCAGAAAGGUCACAGGGGUGGUGACGGAUAAAGAUGGGAAAGCGCACUAUGUUCUGUCUGGGACGUGGGACGAGAAGAUGGAAUACUCACGUGUGAUGCAGAGCAGCAGAGGGGGAGAGAACGGCGCUGACGGACGACAGAAAACCGUCUAUCAGACGCUCAAAGCCAAAGAGUUGUGGAGGAAGACUCCGCUGCCGGAAGGCGCUGAAAACAUGUACUACUUCUCGACCCUGGCGUUGACAUUGAACGAGCUGGAGGAGGGUGUUGCUCCCACGGAUAGUAGGAGGCGGCCGGACCAGCGUCUAAUGGAGCAGGGCCGCUGGGAGGAGGCUAACGCUGAGAAACAAAGGCUGGAGGAGAAGCAGCGCACUGUCCGCCGAGAGAGGGAGCGAGAGGCCAACCGUGCCGCCAGCCCUUCAGAAGAGGGUAAGGAGUCAGCGGACGGGGCUCUCAUUGAGGACUCCAUAUCUGACUCGCCUCUAAAAUCCGAAGAAGUCGAGAUUGCCAGUGAGCCCUCUGAGACCACUUACAAAACUGACACAGAUGAAACUUCCUCCGAUCUUUCGCUAUCAACUGAAACACUGCACGGCUCACACCCACCUGCAUACUCAAUGGAGGGUCCUUAUGGAGCUCCAGUCAAAAGUGGUCACCAGGACAACUACAAGUCGAUGUGGUUUGAGCAGCUCGUCGACCCGGUGACAGGAGAGCCCACGCACAUCUACAAAGGAGGAUAUUGGGAGGCCAAGGAGCAGGGCAACUGGGACUCCUGCCCGGAUAUCUUCUGAUCCCAAUCACGCACAUGCCCCGCCGUGCCCUCACUGUCCCGUUUCCCAGAAAAACAAAAAAAACGAAAGCUCAAUCAGCUGCCCCCUUCUCUUUUCCCUUAUCGUAGUAUGUCGAGAUACGCGUUCUCUCUUUCGCCAGCCGGGCUCUACUCAGUGGACAAUAAGGAACACCGAAAUGGUUCGGGAACGUUCUCCCGCCACCAUCCACUGUGUGUCUCUCUGUUUUCCUCAUGUUCACAGGAUUAUUAAAACAUAGGGUUUGUGGUUCAGUAAAUGCUAGAGUUAGGAAAACAUAUCCUUUCCCGCUCCACACAUCUUCCUCAAGCUGUGGACGUCACAUCCUUAAACAUCCGGGGGAUACGAAGGCCUGUUUGAUUGCGUGUGUGUGUGUGUGAAUUAGCGCAUGUGCGAGUGAGUUCAGAGAAGCGCUGUAUUGCUCGUUUCUUUCAUUGAGCGUGUUUGUGUGAGAGACGUAGUUUGAGAGCUCGCCUUGGAUUAUGGAUUUUAAAGGAAUGGUUUGCACAAAUAUGAAAGAUCUGUCAAUGAUUACUCACCACCUUUUUUUUUUUUUCUUCAAAAUAUGCAGCUCUUUCCUAUUAAUGUUAACAUAGAAUGACCACUUGUCAAACACCAUAAAAGUAUCAUAAAAAUAGUCGUAGUGCGAUUUGUGAUGCUAUAUUCCAAGUCUUCCGUAUCUAUAUGCUAGUUUUGUGCAAGAAAUUUUACACUUGUUCUAACUGGCACAGCAGUUACGACACAAAAGAACCAGUGGUGUUUUAGAGUCAAUAACCUUUCGCAAUGAGAUGUCAGAUCUUCAGUGGAGGGGAAGAUUAUUAUUGAGAAAGAAUGUAAAGUUCAGUCUUUUCCUCACACUGAGCCAUUGUAUUACUUGAAAUAUAAUGUACAAGUCGUAUGCAAAAGUCUUAUUUUGGUACUUUUUGUAGCUUGACAAGUGUAAACUGUUCUACAAAAAAAAAAAAAACAGUAGUUUUGUUCAUGAAAUCUCCACUUGUUCAAACUGGUACAGCAAUUACGACACACAAGAACCAUUGGGAUUUUGUUGCGUCAAUGACUGUCAAACCGCACAGUUUUUUAAACUAUUAGCAAAUAAGAUUUCAGAGCUUUGGCAGAUGGGAAGAUUAUCAUUGAGUAACAAUAUAAAUUUAAAUCUUUUCUCUCACACUAAGCCAUUGUAUUACUUGAAAUAUAAUGUACAAGUCAUAGGGAUGACUUUUUGGGUGUUAAAUAAGUUUAGGUCUAAGCCUAUAAAUUGUUCUACAGAAAAAAAACACCAUGAAAGUAUCAUGAAAGUUGUCUGUGUGAGUUGUGACGAUAUAUUACAAGUCAUCUGAAUUCAUGAUAGUUUUGUGCAAGGUAUUAAUUUGUUCGAACUGGCAUGCCAAUUAUAAAACGCAAGAACCAAUAGCGUUUUGGAGUCAAUGACCGUCAGACCACACAAUUUUUGAAACACUUCACAAAUGAGAUGUCGUAGCUUUGGCAGAUGGAAAGAUUGUCCGUGAAUAACGACGUAAAUUUCAGUCUUUUUAUAUUACUUGAAAUAUAACGCACAAGUCAUAUGCUUAAUUUUAUGGUGAUUUUAAGUCAUUAUUUUGGUCCUUUUUUUACAACCUAUGAACUGGAAAAAUCAACGUGGGUUUGAAUGACCCAAGGGCGAGUAAACGAUGACAUCAAUUUCAUUUUUGCAUGAACUAUUCCUUUCAAUCCCAUCAUAUCUGUACAGUUCUCUGAGGGACAAUGGAAGCAUCAUUCUGAUAUUCUUACUAACACUCGCUAAAAUCACUUAAAAAGACUAAUGAAUUGUCCAGAGCGUGUUUAGAACCUCCAGAACAGCAUAUCUGUUGAUGCUCGCAAGAGGUUGUGCUGCUUUAAGCAAGAGAGCCACAUAAAAGCAUCAGUGUAGCCAGAGGAAGACGCUGCGCUGCUUGAAUUUAGCUUCAGUGUUUGAAACUGACAAGUCGCUGUGAUGUGUAGUGUACGUGACACUGAAGGAUCUACCCGUUUGUUGAUGUUUCCCCUUCAGCCUGGGCACAGAUGCAUUAUGGUCCACUCUUGCUCAUGUGGAAAGCGGUGAAGAGAAGGACGGUGUCCACAAACUGAGGCGCUCGAGUGUGUGUGAAUAUGAUUGUGUGUGUGUGGGCACUUGAGGUCAAGGGAGUCUCAAACCUGUGUGUGUGUGUGUGAGAUCAUGAGUGACGUAUUUGGGGUUUGUUGUAUAUUCCAGUGAAACUAAAAAAGGAAAAUUGCAUUUUAUUUUCAAGUGUACUUAAACACAUGCGUGGGGGGAAAAAAAAGCAAGA